AUGUAUAAUAGCUAGAAUAACUCAAAAGGAUAAAUAGAUUUAUUAGAUGAUUUAUGUACAAAGCCUGAUUAAAAGUCAAAUUAAAUUUCCUCUAACUCGCUGAAGACAUAUAAAGAUGAACAAAGCAAUAAAGAAAAUACGAAGUAAUCUGAUUCAUUUUAAAAAGAAAAUGAAUUUGUGAGCAAUAAUAUUAGCGAUUCCUAAUAGAAGCUAUAAUUUGCUAAAUAGAAUAAAAAGCUUGGAGCUACCAACCCUUCAUUGCUUGAAUUUUUUAGAAGCAAAGAAAAAAAUAUAAAGCCAAUAUUAGAUUUGUGGAAGAAAAUGGAUGAAAAUAUAAAUAGCUAGCAAGAUGAUAUGAAAGCUAAAUUUAUUGAAUUAAGCACAUAUCCAAAAGCAUUUGUAGCUCUUAAAAACUUUCAUCUUAAACUUGCUCAAUCAGAUUAAAUGUUUGCUUAAACAUAUUAUGAAAAAGAAGCGUAGGAAAAUGAUAAGCACUCAUAAGUAAUUCAUAAGGCUUGCUAAGAUGGUGCAGGAGAAUAAUAAAUAGCAUUAUUAGUUAACUCUCACUUAUAAAAGUAAGAAUAAAUGGAAAAUGAAUUUAAAAAUAGAUUUGAUGAUUAAGGAUUAGUGUUUUUAAGCGAAUAUGAAUAACUUGUUAAUUAAUUAUAUGAAUAAAGACAAGAAUUCUUGAGUUUAAAACUUUAAGAUCUAUCAGAAAAUGCAUAACAAAGUAAUAUAUAUGAAGAGUUUCUUACAGAAAUAUAGAAUUUAGAUACAUCAACAAAUGUAGGGGGAAGUAUAAAUAAUGGGUCAAGUUAAUCUGCUUAUUCAUAAAUAACAUCCGGUAUUCAAAAUUUAAUUUAAGGAAACAAUAAAAAAAAUGAAGGAAACAAACAUAAAAUUUAACUCUGCUUGGGCAUGUAAAAAAAGAGGAUAUUCCAAAUUCAAAUAAGUAGUAAACCAAUUUAAAGUGUUCUUUCAAAUUUGAACUAUUUAAAAAAGGUUAAUUUUGAUAAUAACACUUAUAAAAAUUUUAUUUACGGUUAGAAUUAAAAAAAUGCAAUUCUAAAUAUAAUGACUAGCGUUUCAAAAUUCAAUCAUCACCUUAAAAGGUACUUUAAGUUUAGAACAGACAUACACUUUCCUUCUUUCUACUAAUAAUAUUAGGAUGCAAUUUAAAAAAAAAAUAUUUAAGUAGAAGGAGAUGUAGUAGUUACUCGCCAUUCAUGUAGUGGAAAUGUGCAUUAUAUGUUUACAAUAACAAGAAAAGAAGAUAAUAAAAAAUUAGACUUUUCUUUUUUAAAAUACAUAAUUAAAAUAUCGAAUGAAUUUCAGAUUAAAAAAAUUAUCAUACCCAUUCAGCUUAUUAUCAUGUAAUAAAAAGAUUUAAAAACAAAUACUGAAUUUAUAAAAGAAUUUUGCACAAGUCUUAAACGUGAAUUAUAAAUACUUUCCUAUGAUUACACCUACACCUAACAAUUUCUCUAAAAAAUUGAAAUAAUCCUCCCAUUAGAAAACAACAGAAUGAAGGAAAUGUAUGAAAAAAUCAAAGAUGUUCUUCUUUAAGUUUUAGAGUGA